AUGAAAUCUCAUUUAUUUUCAUGUAAUAGUAGAUAUUAUUAUGACAUUUUAAAUAUUACUUUAUCUGAUGAUGAAGAAUUUGAAAGAUUUUUAGAUACAAAUAAAAAAAAUGAAUUGUAUUAUUUUUUUGAAAAAGCUGUUAAUAAAAUAAUUAUUGAUACAAAAAAAAGUUGUGAUAUCAGUUCUGACUUUGAAGAAGUAGAAAAACUUGAAUACAAAAAAAACGAAGUAGUAGAUUCAGAUUGUAUAGACGAUAUUGACAUAAUUUUACAAAAAAGUAAAUGUAAAAACAUGUUUUUAAAAAAAUAUAAAAAUGAUAAUAUUAUAAAAUUACCUCCUAAAAGUAUUAAACAAAGAAUAUAUUCUGUAAACCAAGAAAAAGCGGAAAUGAAACAUAAUAAAAGAGAUCAAAAUAAAAAUGAUAAAAUAAUUGAAAAUUUUAAAAAUGUACUGUGUAAUGACUUAAAUAAAUAUUUUAAAGAUAUAUUAGAAAAUGUAAAAAAAAAUAAUGAAACACAUAAUCAGUCCAAUAAUUAUAUAAAGAAUGCUAUACAUACAUUAAAUGAUAGUAUAAAAAUUAAUAGUAUCAAUGCUUUAAAAGAUAAUAUUAAAGAUUGUGUUAUCAACUGUAACAAUAACAAGCACAUAAAUUAUUUCUUCAAAGAUAACACAAAAAAUUUAAAUUAUAACAAUAUAUAUGCAAAUGAAAAUAUAUAUGAUGAUAAUGGGAUAAUUAAAGUUGAUAGGUGUGAAAGAAAUGGGUAUAUAAAUAAAAAAAACUUUAAGGAAAAUAAUUACAACAUUAAUCUUGAUACAAAUACAAAGCAUAACCAAAAUAAUGUAUUAAAAAAAAAAACUUAUAAAAAACGUAAAACAUCAAAAAAAAAAAAAAGUGUCAAAAAUUUUCAUUUUUCGAAAAAAAAAGUUUCAACUAAGGAAAAUAAAUUCAACCCUUAUCAUUUCAAUAAUUUUUAUAGCUUAAAAAAUAGUAAACCUAAAAAUAUUCUUACUAACAAUCAAAAUAUAGAAACUUUAAACUGUUCGAAUAUAUCAUUAAAUCAAUUAAUUUGUAAUAAUGAUAAAUUAAAUAUUUUUAAAAAUUUAAGAAAUUCUGUUGAAGCAAAAGAUAGCUCAUGUGGUAAUUCAAAUGAAGAUUUUACUUUUAAUCACUUUCAGAAAAAUGCUAAUAAUAACAUUUUAAAUAAGCUUCUUUUUUAA